GACUUCCUGAAGGGAAAUCUAUGCAAGCACAUCCUGUUCGUGAUGUUGAGAGUUCUGGGUCUCAAGAGUUCUGAUCCCCUUGUGUGGCAGCGAGCCCUGCUCACAGACGAGGUCAAGGCCGUCCUCAGCUCCGCACCCUGCUGUACCGCUGCACCAAUGGCGAAUGCGGCUGUACAGGCCUCCUUCCGUGCCAUGUCGGGAAGCCAGGGCCCAGCUGAGGUCAGCCAAGAGAGUGGACUGGCCCCAGGCCAGAGGCCAGUGGAGGGAGACUGCCCCAUCUGCAUGGAAGCAAUGGCCUUGGGUGCUGGAGGCGCGGCUGAUCAGCUGACAUUCUGUGGAGUGUGUGGCAACAAUGUGCACCGUGGGUGCAUCAAACUUUGGCAAAAGCACCGGCGACAAGCCGGCAGCGGCGCCUCUUGCCCGUAUUGUCGCGGGAGGUGGGUGGACGGCCUCUUCCCAGCUACAUCUCAGGCAGACAAGGGCAAGGGAAAGUAUGUCAACUUGACGGACCUGAGUUCGGGCCAUCAA